AUGUCGCGGGCCAAAAUUUUAGGUCAAACAAAUCCAAUAAGCACAAAUACAACGGAUCCAAAUCCUACAAAUUUAAAAAAUUCAAAAAAUUUAAAUCCGAAUCCUACGAAUAAAUUAAAUUCAUCAAGUCAACCAGAUUUAACAAAUCAAGUAAAUUUAAAUCCAAUAAAUUUCGAUUCAAAUCUUGCGAACAUUUCAAAUUCAUCAACCCGACCAGAUUUAACAAAUCAAUUAAAUAUAAAUAUUUUAAAUCAAAUGAAACGAAAAAAUUUAACAAAACCAUAUUUUAAUCCAAAUUCAUACUCGAUGCCAAGUUUAAUUAAUCCAACAAAUAUAAACAGUUCAAUGAAAUUAAUGAAUCGAACAAAUUUAAACCCGGAAAGUUUAUAUUUAAAUCCAAUAAAACCAGCAAAUGUAUUUUUAAAUCCAAUAAAACCAAUUCUAACGAUAGUCGAUGUAAGGCAUGUCAUGAGAUAUUACUUUGGCCGUCGUCGUCAAUUUGGAAAAAAACAAAAUGAUGUUCCUGAUCUCAUCAUAAUGACUAAAUGUCCUCUUUGUGCUAAUAUAACGGAUUCAAGAUUUGUCAGAUUUCUUUCACCUCAACAUCAAGAAUAUAUAAACAUUAGUCAUUUCUUUCUCACCGGAUUACCUAAUUCCAAGAUUCAGGCGAUUAUUCGUUUACAGAUGCCACAUAAAUUAAACAUUAAUAAUCUUAAUGAUAAUACUUAUAGAAUGUUUCACGGUACAAAAAUAUUUUGUAAUCCACAAAGAUUUAUUGAUGGUGAUAUUUCUUUUUGCACUACGAGAUGUGGUUUAUGUGGAAUCUUACAACAUGGUAAUCAACGAAAACAUUCAAGAUUUAAUGGAAUGUGGUUUGCCAAAAGUUCCGAAAUCUCUCUGAGAUAUUGUGGAAUCUCUUUACAGAGAUAUACUCCUUUCAUUUCAGGUAGUGUUGGAAUGAAAGCUAUGUUUGUGGAAGAUGUGAUCUCGCUAACUCCAGGAAAUAUUAUAAUAGUGGAUAAAAAUGCGGUAAAUGUUUUUAAUUGA